CUCUCUCUUUACUAUGCAACGGAAACAUGGAGGUAACCGGAAUCGCUGCAAGCCCCCCCGACGCCUCCUCUCAGCUUUCUCGUGUACUCCAUCCACAUUAUUUUCCUCCAUGUAACUAACCCUCCUUUGCCAUUUUCCGGCAACUCCGAUUGCAUCUGAGCUCCGUUCCUCAUCUUCUUCUUCUCCAACCCCCCAAAUCUUUCUCAUGAGUUCGAUCCGUUCCCUCUUCUGAUAAAGAUCAGAAUCGUUAAUUUUCUUUACUUCUUCCAAUCUGCGUUCGUUUUUUGUUUGGAUUAAUGGAGAUCCUCCAACUUGCGCUAGCCAUGUCGAUCCUAUUGUUCGAUGCCGUUUCUCCGGCAUCCUCGUCGGCGCCGCUCAAUUGCUCCGACACCGCCCGCGUCUGCACCUCCUUCCUGGCCUUCAAGGCGGAUCGGAGCGCUGCCGCCCUACGCCAAAUCCAGAGCAUGUUCGACGUCUUCCCCCAGGACGUCACCGCUGACGAGGACGGCAGCCCCGGGUAUGUCUUCGUCCGCAAGAACUGCUCCUGCCUCUCCGACAACAAAUACCUCACCAACACCACCUUCACGGUGCCGGAGGCGGCGAGCUCCGUGUACCCCGUGGUCGUCGACGCGUACCAGGGGCUCGCUUUCCUGCCCAACAUGACACGGCGGCCUGCCCGGGCCCGGGCCAUCGUCUUCCUGCACCUCCUCUGUGGGUGCUCCAGCGGCCUGUGGAAUUACCUGAUGAGCUACGUGAUGGAGGAAGGCGAUUCGGUCGAGUCGCUGUCGAGUAGGUUCGGGGUGAGCAUGGACAGUAUCGAGACAGUGAAUGGGAUGUCCGGUCCAGAUGAGGUUGUCGUCGGUGACGUUUAUUACAUCCCGCUGAAUUCCGUUCCCGGUCUACCUUCUGCUAUGGAUACUGGGAUCUCCCCUUCUCCCACUCCUGCUCCCUCACCAACUCCGAUUACAUUUUCAGAUAACUCCAUGCAUCAUUCUGCUAGAUUCCCUUAUGGGUGGGUUUUUGGGAGUAUGGGUGUUUCUCUUGCUCUGAUAACAGUGGCACUACUUUCUUUCAUUUCUUUGAAGUCCUUUAAUUCAAGGAGCCAAACAAAAGAUCCUAAUGGACCAGUGUCCCAUAAGUUUCAGAUUCUUCGGAACACUAGUUUUUGUCAUGCUUCAGGAAGGUAUCUCUGCUGCAAAUAUGGGAAUCUGAAGUCAUCAACAGGGGAUGCAGGAAAUCACCACAUCAAUGAUCCUAAAGAUACUGCAGCUGAUUUGUUUGACAUGGAGAAGCCUAUUGUUUUCAAGUACGAAGAGAUACUUUCUUCAACUGAUAACUUUUCUGAUUCAAAUCUACUGGGCCACGGUAAAUAUGGUUCUGUAUAUUAUGGGGUCCUUCGAGACCAGGAGGUUGCAAUAAAAAGAAUGACUGCAAUGAAAACUAAAGAAUUUAUGGCGGAGAUGAAAGUACUAUGCAAGGUUCAUCAUGCUAGUUUGGUAGAAUUGAUUGGCUAUGCUGCAAGUGAUGAUGAGCUUUUCCUCAUCUAUGAGUAUGCUGAGAAGGGUUCGCUCAAGAGUCAUCUGCAUGAUCCACAAAAUAAGGGACAGGCAUCGCUAUCUUGGAUAUCUAGAGUUCAAAUUGCACUUGAUACCGCUAGAGGACUAGAAUACAUUCAUGAGCAUACCAAAGACCAAUAUGUUCAUCGAGACAUAAAGACAAGCAAUAUCUUGCUUAAUAGUUCUUUCCGAGCAAAGAUAUCAGACUUUGGGCUUGCAAAACUUGUUGCAAAGACAGGAGAUGGAGAUGUUUCUACCACUAAGGUUGUUGGAACUAUUGGGUAUCUGGCUCCAGAAUAUUUGCAUGAUGGCCUGGCCACAACAAAAAGUGACGUUUAUGCAUUUGGGGUUGUCCUUUUUGAGUUAAUAUCAGGCAAAGGGGCAAUAACAAGAACGGAAGGAAUGGUUUUGUCUAAUUCUGAGAGACGAUCUUUGGCAUCAGUUAUGUUAGCCGCUCUAAGAAGCUCUACGAAUUCAGUAAUCAUGGGGAGCCUGAGAGACUAUGUUGAUCCUAGUUUGAUGAAUCUAUAUCCUCAUGAUUGUGUCUACAAGAUGGCCAUGUUGGCCAAGCAGUGUGUGGACGAUGAUCCUAUACUACGACCCGACAUGAAGCAAGUGGUGAUCUCUUUGUCCCAGAUUCUGCUAUCGUCUAUCGAGUGGGAGGCAACAUUGGCAGGGAACAGCCAAGUCUUUAGCGGCCUUGUACAGGGAAGAUAACCAAUCGGUCAACCCUUGUUGGAGCUCCAUGCUUGGGGUUUUCUGCUGUCCCGCGUCCCGCAAGUAUCGACCGAAGUGUACAUGGUGACUCUCUACGUUUUGUUGCGAGUGGUUGAAAAUUUUUGUUAGCUAUAUUCGUUUGAGGUGUGUCUGUGAUAGGAGAUGUAUUUAAAUGCGCAUCACAGCGUGUACUGCUUCAGCAAAAGUAUUACUUUGAGAUAGAUUUUAGUUGUAAUUGGAUAUUCUUUCGUUUU